GCAGAAGUCUCAUCUUUGGUACCAUCCUGCUGAGAGUUUUUUUCCCACCUGCUGAGGAGAGGAGAUGGAGAACAACAUGACUGACUGUGAAGAGGGAGAAGGGGGACCCACCAGCCAGGGUGAUGGACACCCCAAAGAGAGCAGUCCUUUCAUCAAUAGCAGCGCAGCCUCUGAUAUGGAAAAGAGCCAGCAAUAUGACGGCAAGAGCAUGGCCCUCUUUGAGGAGGAGAUUGAUACCAGUCCAAUGGUUUCCUCUCUGCUCAGCUCUCUGGCCAACUACUCCAACCUGCCAACUGGCAGCAAGGAGCAUGAAGAGGCUGAGAAUAACGAGGAGGGGGCUCGGCCGUCUAAAAAACCUGUAAAGGCCCCCCAGCUUGGCACUCUGAUGGGAGUCUACUUGCCGUGCAUCCAGAAUAUUUUUGGAGUGAUCCUCUUCUUGCGGAUGACAUGGAUGGUUGGGAUUGGCGGAGUCCUUGGCUCAUUCAUAAUUGUCUUCAUGUGUUGCUCUACGACCAUGCUCACAGCCAUCUCUAUGAGUGCCAUAGCAACAAAUGGAGUCGUACCAGCUGGUGGGUCGUAUUACAUGAUCUCGCGCUCCCUGGGGCCAGAGUUCGGUGGAGCUGUAGGGAUUUGUUUCUACCUGGGAACCACCUUUGCUGGGGCCAUGUAUAUACUGGGCUGUAUUGAAAUUCUGCUGAUUUAUAUUGUUCCACAGGCAGCCAUCUUUAAGAUUGAGGGCCUGGAGGGUCCUGAGGCAGAGAUUGCUCUCCUUAAUAACAUGCGGGUAUAUGGCACCAUCGUGCUCAGUUUCAUGGCCAUAGUUGUGUUUGUUGGGGUCAAAUAUGUCAAUAAGUUGGCAUUAGUCUUCCUGGCCUGUGUUAUCCUAUCUAUUUUGGCCGUUUACGCUGGGAUCAUCAACACUGCCCUUGAGCCUCCUGUCUUUCCUGUUUGUCUGCUUGGAAAUCGAACGCUUCUCUCUAAAUCCUAUGACGUUUGUGCAAAGGUCAUUGAAAUAGACAAUGAGACGAUCACCACAAAAAUGUGGAGGUCAUUCUGUGAUUCUGAUUCCCUCAAUGCGACAUGUGAUGAAUACUUCAUCAACAACAAUGUUACAGAGAUGCAGGGCAUUCCUGGGGUCACUAGUGGGAUCCUUGCAGAGAACCUAUUUGGAAACUAUCUGGAGAAGGGUAUGAUCUUGGAGAAGCGUGGAAUCUCAUCCAAUGUGGAUCCUGAAAUUCCUACCACCAAUGCCAAUCGCUAUGUCCUGGCUGACAUCACCAGCUUCUUCACCCUACUGGUGGGAAUUUAUUUCCCUUCUGUUACAGGGAUCAUGGCAGGCUCAAAUCGCUCUGGUGAUCUGCGUGAUGCCCAGAAGUCCAUCCCGAUUGGUACCAUCGCAGCCAUCACUACCACCUCCACUGUGUAUAUGUCUUGUGUAAUCCUGUUUGGUGCUUGCAUAGAAGGAGUUGUACUGAGAGACAAAUUUGGUGAAGGGGUUAAUGGUAACCUGGUGAUUGGCACCCUGGCAUGGCCUUCUCCCUGGGUCAUCGUGUUUGGCUCUUUCUUCUCUACCUGUGGUGCAGGACUUCAGAGUCUGACUGGAGCUCCACGUCUUCUGCAAGCCAUCUCAAGAGACGGCAUCAUCCCAUUCCUCAGAGUUUUUGGACAUGGUAAAGCUAAUGGGGAGCCAACCUGGGCACUGUUACUAACAGCUAGCAUCUGUGAGAUCGGUAUUAUCAUUGCCUCCCUGGAUUCAGUUGCUCCCAUCCUGUCUAUGUUUUUCUUGAUGUGCUAUAUGUUUGUCAAUCUUGCCUGUGCCCUGCAGACCCUGCUGAGGACACCAAACUGGAGGCCACGUUUUAAAUUCUACCACUGGGCUUUGUCUUUUCUGGGCAUGAGUCUGUGUCUGUCACUCAUGUUCAUCUGCUCCUGGUAUUAUGCCAUAGUUGCCAUGGGUAUUGCCACCUGCAUCUACAAAUAUAUUGAAUUCUGUGGAGCUGAGAAGGAGUGGGGUGAUGGCAUUCGAGGAAUUUCACUCAGUGCUGCACGAUUUGCUCUGAUGAGGUUGGAGGAGGGGCCCCCACACACCAAAAACUGGAGGCCUCAGAUCCUGGUGCUGGUGAACAUGGAUUCUGAGCAGAAUGUGGAGCAGCCCCGUCUGCUCUCUCUGACCAAUCAGCUUAAAGCAGGCAAAGGCCUGACCAUUGUAGGUACUGCUGUUCAAGGAACUUUCCUCGACAGCUAUAGCGAAGCCCAGAGGGCAGAUCAGUCUUUGCGUAAGCUGAUGGAGACAGAGAGGGUGAAAGGAUUCUCUCAGGUGGUCGUCUCCUCCAACAUGAGAGAUGGGACAUCACACCUGAUCCAGGUUGGAGGACUUGGGGGUUUGAAGCACAAUACUGUGAUGGUGAGCUGGCCUCAGAACUGGAAGCAGCCCGAGUUCUACCAGCAGUUCAGAAACUUCAUUGAGACUGUUAGAGAGACAACCAUAGCUAGUUUGGCCUUGCUUGUUCCUAAGAAUAUCUCCAGUUAUCCGUCCAAUGGAGAGCGCUUCACUGAAGGCCACAUAGACGUGUGGUGGAUCGUCCAUGACGGCGGCAUGCUGAUGCUUCUGCCCUUCCUGCUCCGCCAACAUAAGGUGUGGAGGAAGUGCAAAAUGCGCAUUUUCACCGUGGCACAAAUGGAUGACAACAGCAUCCAGAUGAAGAAAGACCUCCUCAUUUUCCUCUAUCACCUGCGCAUUGAUGCUGCUGUGGAAGUAGUGGAGAUGCUUGACGGUGACAUCUCAGCUUACACCUACGAGAAGACACUAGUAAUGGAACAAAGAUCUCAAAUCCUCAAACAGAUGCAUCUGACAAAGAAUGAGAUGGAGAGAGAGAUUCAAAGUAUUACCGAUUCCUCCCGUGGAUCCAUCCGUCGUAAAAACCCGCCAACCUUGCAGCCCCAGCACAGCACAGAGGAGGGAACCAGCCUGGCAGAAAAACCAGAAGAUAAGUCUGAGGCUGUCUCCAACCCAAAACAGGUCCACCUGAUUCAAAGUAAGAAUGCAGCCACAGCCACCAGCCCAACAAGUCCUACUUCACCUGCUGCCACGCCUGCAGGGGGCAUUGUCACCUGGAGAGACAGCAAGGGCCCAGAUAAAGGGAUGACAGACUCAGCAGCAAAACCAGGGACAGGCAAAGACCCCCUUAAUAUGAAACCGGAAUGGGAGAGCUUGAACCAGACGGAUGUGAGGCGCAUGCACACAGCUAUGAGACUCAAUGAGGUCAUCACAAAGAAGUCCAAGGAGGCAAAAUUAGUCCUGCUCAACAUGCCAGGACCACCAAAGAACCGAGUGGGCGAUGAAAACUAUAUGGAGUUCCUUGAGGUUCUCACUGAAGGUCUCAACCGGGUUCUCCUAGUGCGAGGAGGCGGGCGAGAAGUCAUCACCAUCUACUCCUGAGAGGCUUAAAUUAGCAUCUAAAAGAACUUGUGAGUUCUUCUGCUUUUCUGUGAUUCUAGGAAAAUCCUCCCUCCAACCCAUCACCUGUCCCCUCACCUGGCAACCAGACUGCAGCGCUUCCGGGAACGUCGAGUUAUGACCCAACUCCAUCUAUUACCUCCAAAGCAUCUGAGCUCACUUCACCUGAUAACUUUUUGGAAGAACUUUCUGAUUUUUUCUGGAUUUUUCCUGUUCAUCUAUAAGAAAAAAAAAUUUCCUUUUUCUUUUCGAUCUGUCAUUUGACAUCUGUGCUAUUUGAGAGUUUGUUCACCCUUCUUAGAUCUAAGAAAAAAUAUUUUAUAGAAAUCAUGCCCAUAAAGCUGGUCAUUUUUGCAAUCUUUUGAAUUGUCAACAACCUAGUAAAUUGUAGAAUUCAUAUUCAAGUAUAUAUUUUAAAAUAAUUAAACAAUUAUCUGUGGAAAAAGUAAAAAUCUUAGAUGGUGUCUCUUUUUGAAGCGCAAUAUCACAAUACUGUAGAUGACAAUACAGAAUAGAAAACAAUGUGCUUCAUCACAAAGUAUUUGCUUUCUGCUGUGCCACAGCCAUUUUUUAUCUAAAAUGUCCACAUGCUAGCUUAUUUUUAAAGACAAAUUCUUUAUAUCAAUGCUUUUGUUCAGAUGUUUUUCUUUCUUCAAAAGGCAGAAUUGUGCAUGUCAGCUGAAUGUGUUGCAGCUUAAUUUUCUAAAUUGACCAAGCAUUUCAGCACUAAGUAGAGAGAGCGUCUCGCUUCCUCACAAAACUUUGUGGUCUGAUAAAGCUUUGCCCUCACUCUGCAGCUAUGCUGUGCAACUGCUAAAAGUUAGAGGAACAACUUUGUAUUAGAUCCAAAUUUAAAAACUGUUAAAAAAUACCUUCUUAAUUGAUAGGGACGUGUGGUUUAGAAAUAUGUUUACAGAUGCAAUUUAGUCCUAAAUGAGAUUGCGAUGGAGAAAUGUUCUGGCACUUUUUAUUAGAUUAUUUCACAAGCUGCAGUUCUGAGAAUUUCUGACGUGUUGAACUGAAUCAUGUAGAAACAUCUGUUCAAAGGUAACUGUUGACUGAAGGUCACUCACUAACUCAGCUGCACAAAACCUGCAAAAAUAUAAAUACAGACAAAGUGAAAUGUAUUAAAAGUGAAUUUCAGAGGGUGUCUGCAACAAUUUUGAGGUGACUUUGUUAAUCAGAAAUUACAUUCACGAGGGUGUUUUGAUUAUUUAAUUCUCCAGCUUACUUUAUGUUUUUACGUUUAGUUUACAUUAGCUUUUACAGAAAGGCUAAAAUGGUAAACCACAAAGCUUUGUCCAUAUUUGGCAUAAAACUUCAUCAGAUAACUGUGGAGGAGAAAUAGGCCUAAAAUAUCCACGUCAUAAUAUAUUUUAUUCAUUUAGGGAAAUAACGAAGAAAAAAUUGGAUCCUUAGAUGUAAUAUUUAUUCUGACCUUCCCUAUGUAGCAACAACCUCAACUCAAAGUGUUUGAAUUUUAGUUUAUUCUGUAUGAAAUAACUUUGAUUUUUAAGCUUUUGUUUUGACUAAGUUGAGGACUUUCACUUGGCUUACCUAAAACUUCAUUGUUUCUUUUUUGUUAAUUUUUUCACAUUUUGGUUAAAUAGCUUUUGCAUUCAUGGAUCUGAUGUUAUUGCUGGUGGAUUGCUUUAAUCAUAGUUUUAUUAACAUUUACAGUGUUGUAUAGUUCUGAUGCAGCUAAAGAGGCUCAGAUCAUGAUAUCACCAACAUGCUUUCCAAAUAGACUGCUCCUUCCCUAUUAGAUUGUGUUAUUUAGUGUUUUUAUUUAUUUUUUACAUUUGAAACUUAAAUAAAUAUCUUAAUGUUUUGGGGUUUUUUGUCUAUAGAUUGUUUUUCUAACAGUAUUGCCAUUAGACUAAACUGCGAACAAGAACUCAAGUUCCCUUUGGAGAACUUCAUCUGUAUAACUUACACCACUGGAGGUCAGUGUUUACCAACAUUUCUGACUCCUAAUGAGAAAACUUAGUUGCUUAGAUUUUACAAAAAGCUUCUUGGUCGUGUGUGUUUUCAAAGUUUCAUUUUAGUUGAACAGUCGAGGGAAGAAUAUCAUUGGUAUUAAAGUUUCAUUUAUUUGUAAAUGACAGCCAGUUCAUCAUCUUAUCCACCAUGCAUGCUACUGUGCUGGGGGGAAAAAUGAGGCAAUGACCCAAACAUGGCAGUAUAUCCACUAAAGAAUGCUUAAGAAUUAAGAAGAAAGUCCUCAGUCUGGUCCAAACCCAGAUCUUUUUAUUAUUAACAUGUUGUGACCUGAAAAAAAUUGUACAUCUUAAAAGAUGAAAGUAAGGAGAUCAAUAUCAGAGGUUCAGGUAGAUGACAGAGACUGGUAGACAGCUAAAAGAAUCUCACUGAUGGAGGAAACCUCAGUUAGGUGGGUAGGGUGUCCUAACUUUUUCUUCAGAAUAUACAUUUGUGCUUAUCUCUCUUGUUCCUAGACAAAAACAAGUUUAAUAAUUGUUAAGUGCAGUUAUUUUCUUUUCCAGAUAAAGAAAUAGAUUAGCGAUCAACAUGUGGGAAUUUCUUGAUAAGAGACUGUAUAUUAAUGGGGCAUACCAAGUUAUUUACAUUACUGUAGGUUUUUGGUCAACAGUUUCACCGCUUGGUGUCACAUAACUCAUAAAUCAGAGUGUGUUUCCAAUAUCCAGAACAUGUGUAGAUUAUCUUUAUGGAGAUGGACGGACCUUUGUGAUUAAAGUUUAAUGACAAAAGCCCACUUCCUUCUCUAUCUACUAUUGGCCCCAUCCUUUCGUAUAGGACUCACUUUGUGUUUUAAUUUUCUCUCAUUUGUAUUAUGCUGUAGCAUACAGUUUGCAAACCUUACCUCAUCCUUAAUACAAUAAUAUAUUGCUUUAUUGAAUAAUGUUUGUACAGAGAAGUGUUUGCUUUAUUUUACUGAUAAAGGUUGUUGCAGCAACACCCUCUGUGCAUGUACUGGAUGUUAUUUUACAGGUGACACGUACUGGUCCUAGUUUGCACUGCUUUAAACUCUUUCUUGCAGACUGUCCACGCUGGGUUUGUUUUACAGUAAAUGGUAUCUUAAAGACACAAAACCUAACGUUACAUUUAACAGUGUUGACCGGUUUAAGUUGGUAAUGUGUUUAAAACUAGUACAUAUUUUAUUUUCUGACCUUUAUUCAGUUUUUGAAGUUAUAUAGUUUGAAUGGACCGUUUUAUG